UCUCAGAGCGGAGGAGGUAGAUCCUCACAAGACAUGUACAGGGGGGGAUUUUUGGGAGGAUAAAAGUUAAUAAGGAUAUGUUUUUUUUGUUGUUCAGUAAGUAGUCAGGAAUUUCUUUUAUACUCUGUAUCUUCAGCUUUUGUGUUUACAUACAGUUAGUGUGGUUUUUUUAUUGAUUAGUUUGUAGAGAGUAUCAUUACCUUCAUGGCUUUGAUAGCGACUGACCAGGGCUGCAAGCUGAACGGGACCUCAGUGAUUUACGGCAGAGUUGGGCCGAGGAAAGAGGUGUUUCAGGGACCCGCAGGCGGCUUUAAAACGGCCACAAUGCAGCCCAAAGAAAGUGAGUAUUCAACAGAUGGCCUGCCCAAAGCCUUCCUGCACAGUUUAAGGACCCUGUUUGACAUUUUGGAUGACGGUGGCCGCGGCUAUGUCCACAUCUCGGAGAUCGAGAGCCGCUGGCAGGGCGCAGAUACUCGGGACCUGCCGGGCGGAGUGCUGGGCUGCCUCAGGAGGGUCACACCACCGCAUGGCUGUCUCACUUUUGAGCGCUUUGUUGCGGGGCUCCGGUACUCCAUGCUCAACCCGGAGAACAGCGCCAACUUCAAGGCCCAGGCUGCUGUGCACCCGCAGCAGGCUCCCAAGCAGCACCAGAAACUCGCCCCGCUGUCCACAUGCAACGUCGGGACUCGGGUCGAGAACAAGGUCCGACCGCUAGGGCCGAGUAACGUGACGAACACCCAGCAGCACCGGGCACCCUCCCAGCAGAACCGGGCCAGGCCGGAGGAAGGGUCUGGGUACCCGGCGUGUGGAUCUGUGCGGUACAGCGCGGGCUUCGAGAGAUCCGGGCGUAGUUUGGAGCGGAUUCCCGUCCCUACAGAGGGCGGGUGUUACCGUACCGAGACGGGCCAUGUUACUAAACCGGCACAGCCCCAGCAGAGCAGGGGCAGGUCCAUUGAGUCGCUGGCGCUGGAGUCACCGCAGCUCCAGCGACCAAGUGUUGUGAAAUCAGGUUUGCCGAGAUCUCAGAGUGAAUCAGCUACAGGAUUUACCGGAGGCUCCAGGCGACACGGGCGGAGCCGGGAAGAGCAGAGGAGGCACACCAUUUCCAAUGGAGUGGAUUACGGAAUGUUGAAGCAAAUGAAAGAACUGGAACAGGAGAAGGAUUCCCUGCUGGCGGGCCUGGAAGUGGUGGAGCGGGCCCGAGAAUGGUACCAGGACCAAAUCCACAAUGUCACAGAGAGACAGCGGCAGGUUGGCCAAAGCUCGCACUGCACGGAUUUUUUUACAGAAGCCAGUCAGAGCCGCAUGAAUGUUCUCAUUCCCAAAUUACAAGAAGCCAACCGCUGCCUUAAUGAGCUUAUUUCCUGCACAGGAAUGCAGUCAUUUCCUUCCAGCGGAGCUCAGACAGCAGCUCUCUCAGCUAACUCCCAGCCUCCUGCUCCAGCACCUCCACAAGCCAUCCAGAGACUGAAGGACCAGAACCGUCUCCUCACCCAGGAGGUGACGGAGAAGAGUGAGCGGAUCACCCAGCUGGAGCAGGAGAAAUCAGCCCUGAUAAAGCAGCUUUUUGAGGCCCGAGCCCGCAGCGUGCAAGACACUAGCACAUUGGAUUCCACCUUUAUCUGAAAAACAAAUUUGGUGUCCUAGCUGACACCAAAUGUCAGCUAGGAGACAUCAUGAUGUCGUGUCAGCAUACUGGUAAAACUGACUCUUGUUUACCCGGCUGCCCGUUCACGGCAGUGACGCACCUUUAGCCAUAACACAUUAGCAUUCCCACUCUAAAUCAAACCACGCACUGCUGCUAUAUGUGAGCAUGUCUGACCUGACCCGAGUGCUAAAUCCUUUUUUUAAACUUCUCCUUCAUGAGUCCUACAAAAACACUCCUGUUAGGGUAAAAAACAAACAAA